AAUGUUUAUACCCAGUCAAAUUUUCGUGGAAACCGUCGUUUGUUCCCAACUUGUCGAGGAAAAAGAAUAAAGAAAAAGCAAGAAAAGAGAGGGAUGAAUUCUAGAAAGAGAAGGAAUCUAGAAAGAGAAAGAGACAUAUCGCCCUCAAAUUGCAGCAUAGUGAACUGAAUACGACAGCAAAUCAACCUCUCUGGCAUACUUAAUACUAAUUCCAAAAUGGGAGCGCCUCUCCCUCCCAAAUUUUCUUGCAACUUCUUCAAACUUUCUUACUUUCUCAAUCCCAAGCUUCCCCUGCCUUAAAAAUCUCGCCUUGGAUUCACCCUUUUCGCUGCACGCACAUAAAUAAAAGGAGAGAAAAGAAAACAAAAGAAAAGUAAAGCCAUUGUAGCAGCAGUUUGAUCCAGUGGUUUUCGGGUGGAUUUGAGUUAGAUCAAUCAUUGUGUGUUUGUGUGUUUAAAGGGAGCUGAGAUUUUAUGCAUUUUGGUGUAAGCUUUUUGAGCAAUGAGAGCUGUGAGCAUUAGAUGUAUAUUUGGAUCUCAUGUCUCGAUACGUUUUCUCUUGCAACAGAUUAUUUGUUGAUUGGUUGGAUUGCCUCUAUCAAUGGGGGAAGCUCCGGCUUUCAUUGCUGAUGAUUUUUCAAAUGGGCUUCUCUUGAAAUCGAAGGGCUCCGAAACAAUCAUCAAUAUGGGCUGCAAUAGAACAUUUGUCAUUGGUGCAAUGGGAAAUGGAUCUGAUUCAUCUGCUGGAGUUCGGAUUUUUGAGAAAUCUAGGAGUGAAUGGGUGAUUCCAACUGUAUUUGGGACGAAGCCUACGCUAUCAAAGGGCCACUCGGCUAUAGUCUUGGAUGAAGAUCGGAUUUUGGUUAUUAAGGGUAACUCGACCUCAGAUGAUUGCUUUUGGUUUCUCGAGGUUAACACUGCGUUUGUUAGAGAGCAGAGAGUUAGACUGGGGACUGAAGUGGUUGCUUGGAGUAAAGGUGUGGUAGGUGAAGCUCAAAUACCCGUUGUUAUCAGUGGUCCUUCGGGAGUUGGUAAGGGCACGCUCAUUACCAAACUGAUGGAGGACUUCCCAAAGAUGUUCGGCUUCUCAGUGAGCCACACCACCCGAGCUCCAAGAAACAACGAGCAGAAUGGCGUCCACUAUCAUUUCACCGAGCGUAGUGUGAUGGAGAAAGAUAUACAGGAUGGGAAAUUCCUAGAGUUUGCAGCGGUUCAUGGGAACCUCUAUGGAACCAGUGUAGAAUCGGUUGAGGUGGUUACUGACCAAGGAAAGAGAUGCAUUCUUGACAUUGAUGUCCAAGGGGCUAGGUCAGUGAGGGCUAGUUCUCUCGAGGCCAUAUUUAUCUUUAUCUGCCCUCCUUCGUUCGAGGAGCUUGAGAAACGCCUUCGUGCUAGGGGAACUGAGACAGAAGAACAGAUCCAAAAGCGACUGCGAAAUGCAAAGGCAGAGAUUGAUCAGGGAACCUCGCCCGGGCUCUUUGAUCAUACCUUAAUCAACGAUGAUCUGCAGACAUGUUACGAGAAUCUUAAAAAACUAUUAGGCCUUAGUGAUGGGAAUGCCAAGGCUACCAAUUUAUCAGCUCCAGAGAUGGUCCACGUGCCUCUGGAACAUACCGUCUCAAAAAUUGACCAGAAGAUCCUCAUAAACUGCACUACUCCACAGCAAGAGAAACCGGCUAGCAACAUGUUUGUGCUGGAUUUAUCUUUGAUCAAGGGUGGUGCCCCUGGCCGGACGAGGGGUCUGAAUUUCUACGCUGCUGAACCAUCUAUGGGCGGCACUAAUGGCUUCAAAAUGGCAAGCUAACAUCAACCCCUCGCUUCAUUUUCCUUUAUAAGCUUACUUGUUUACUGAGUAGUAAAGGGCAUGCUGCUUUAUAGAUAAGCGUAUGCAAUAGCUAACAAACUAUUUCACUCCCCGCGAGGAGAGUGGUGAUUCAUGAUUCAUACGGAUGUAACAUGUUAUUACACAUUCAAUUCUCGUGAGGAGAAACAUGAAUAUUGAUCCUCCCGUUGUUCGGAUAUGAUAAAAAAUCAAAAUUCCUUCUUUACA